UUAAAUCGUGGUUCACAUCGAAUUCGACAUUUUUUUAACCAAUAACCGUUUAAUAUAAUGCGAGCCCCUGAUUAUCGAUGGUAUAAUUUUUAGGUAUCAUUUGGUCACUGGUCAGUCGAGUCAGUCCCUCCAUCGGCCCCUAGGCGCAAACUACUAUUGUGUAGUUUGUCGUGCUUACUGCUUAGUGCUUAGACGUCGCCGUGCAUGAAGUCUUAAUUUUGUUUCGUUAGAUGUCUGAGUUUUGUAAUUGUUCGUAGAUAGUACCCACACAUUUUUAGAAUCCGAAGUCAGGUGUUACGUUAUCAAGUUUGACUUGGCAAAAUCAUUUCGCAAGAAAAAUCGUUGCCUAAAGAUUCUCAAAAUUGUGGCAAUGGUGAGAAAUUUAGAACAUGAAUACGAUGAACUACUGCUGGAAUUUAAUAACAGAUUUUGGAAAAAAACAGAUCAUGGACAAAAUUAAUGGGCAAGCAUACAAUUGAUAUUAAUGAUGUCCAUAUGGCAAUUCAAAUGGCAAAAGAACGUGAAUAUCCUACAUCUUCGCCACUUGAUAAUUCUGGACAAGGCGUACCAAAGAAUAUCAAUAAAACAUCAACGUCUGGAACAAUAAAUGCAGCUCGACAAAAUGCUAUUGAUGAAGCUGUUGAUAAUAUAAUUCGUACACUAUCUGAUGAAAACGUGGAUGACUUGCCUGUGAUAAGUGAUUUAGACAUUGAAGAAGUUAUUAGAAGUAUACAGGACAAUCAAGAACCAAUUGCAGACAAAGUAAUGGAGUUCAAUGUGGAUGCCCUGUUAAAUGACCCUUAUACGUUGUGAUUUAUAAUUUUAAACAUAACUUCUGCAAGCCUAAAUUGAAUUUAAUAUUAUUUAAAUACUUUAAGUACUAUGUAUAUAACUUACUAAUAAUAAUUUUAUCACAAAUAAUAUUUACGCUUGCAGAAGUAUGAAACAAUCAAUUAAUGUUAGAAAUGGUACAAAAAAAAUUACGUUAACAAUAAAAUUGGUUACAAAAUAACCAGACGAUAACAAUUUUUUUAUGUAAAUUAUAUUGAAUAUUUGAAUGUUGUAUUAUGGAUUGGACAAGUUCCCUGAUAAUAUUUUCUCAAUAUAAAUUAAAAA